AUGUGGGGGCUAACAGGCAUUCGAACAGAACAAGAUUUCUAUGUUCGUCUAGUUGAUAGCCAGACAAAACAAGCAAUUGCUUAUGAAGGACAAGAUAAAAAUCCUGAAAUGUGCCGAGUUUUAUUAACGCAUGAAGUUAUGUGUUCACGCUGUUGUGAAAAGAAAAGUUGUGGAAAUCGAAAUGAAACUCCUAGUGAUCCGGUUAUGUUGUCAAUGACACCUCGUGUUGAUACUGAUGUGUUAGCAGUAUCAGACAAUAUGUUUGUUCAUAACAAUUCUAAACAUGGACGCCGAGUUAAAAGAGGUGGGAGUGAGUCAGGCACUGUUGAAGUCCCUUCAUCUUCUUCUAUCAAUUCAACAAACAAUGUUGUACCAGUAAUUAAACAUAUUUUUCCAUCUGAAGUUUGUUGUCAAAGUGGUGGUUCAGCUAUUUUAAUUGGUGAGAAUUUUCAUGAAGGAAUGCAAGUAUUUUUUGGAAAUUCAUUGACUUGGUCUGAGGUUUCUAGUCUUCUUUUUAAAAAAAUAAAAAAUUUUUCAAUUAAAUUACAGUUAAUCACUCCACAAGCAAUUAAAGUUAAUAUUCCUGUAAGACCAAGUGCGGGCUCAGUUGAUGUUUUUCUUUGUUCUCCAAAAGGUCAACCAAAAAUGCGUUCAAAUUCUAUCCGUUUUUCUUUUAGUUGUAAGCUCUUAGGAAAAAUGUUUUUUCUUGUGUAUUUCUUUUAA